AGCCCACGUGUGCGAUUCCACCCCACAUGGCGGCGCUCCUGAAGAGACUGCUGCAACGCGGCAGGCCCUUGGCGGCCUCAGGCCGCCCCGUGGGACGGCGUGAGGCUAGCUUGGGCACUGAUCCCGGGGUUGCGGUGCGAGUGCGGUUCGCUCCCAGCCCCACAGGCUUCUUGCACCUGGGUGGCCUCCGCACUGCCCUGUACAACUACAUCUUUGCCAAGAAGUACCAGGGGAGCUUCAUCCUGAGGCUGGAGGACACAGAUCAGACUCGCCUUGUGCCUGGGGCAGCGGAAAAUAUUGAGGACAUGCUGGAGUGGGCAGGUGAGCCUGGCAGAGAAAGGAUUUUUCUGCAGGGAAGGAACAGGAAGCAGGAAAAGGAGACUGUGGAUCUUCUUAUGGAACCCACGGUGGGAAAUGAGGAGUUCCUGGAGAAAUGGCUGCAUUUGUGCUGCCUGGGGUGGCAGAUGCCACCCGAAAAAAUGCUGAAGCUCUCCAAAACACAGCUCCACGACUGCAUCAUUGUGCGAAUGCGGCUUGCAGCACCUCAGCAGAGCUUGUCCCCCACCAUGGACUCCAUCUACCUGUCCAUCAACAGUACUCACACAGCUCUGCUCCCCAUUAGGUAUGACAAUCGGUGCCGGAACCUGAACCAGGAGCAGGUGGCCCAGAAGCUGGCCAAGGUCCCCAAGCCUUCGAUCCGCUUCCGCCUGGAGGAGGCAGCGCCGGCCUUCCAGGACCUGGUGUAUGGCUGGAAUAGGCAUGACGUGGCCAGCGUGGAGGGAGACCCAGUCAUCAUGAAAAGUGACGGCUUCCCCACAUACCACCUGGCCUGCGUGGUGGAUGACCACCACAUGGGCAUCAGCCACGUGCUGCGGGGCUCUGAGUGGCUCGUCUCCACUGCCAAGCACCUGCUCCUCUACCAGGCCCUGGGCUGGCAGCCGCCCCACUUCGCCCACCUCCCCCUGCUCCUCAACAGGGAUGGCAGCAAGCUCUCCAAGAGGCAAGGGGACGUUUUCCUGGAGCACUUCGCUGCUGAUGGCUUCCUGCCUGAUUCCUUGGUGGACAUCAUCACCAACUGUGGCUCAGGUUUUGCAGGGAACCAGAUGGGCAGGACUCUGCCAGAGCUGAUCACACAGUUCGACCUGACCCAGAUCACCUGCCACUCAGCCCUGCUGGACCUGGAGAAGCUCCCAGAAUUCAACAGGCUGCACCUCCAGCGGCUGGUGAGCAGUGAGAGCCAGAGGCGCCUGCUGGUGGGGAAGCUGCAGGCCCUUGUGGAGGAGGCCUUUGGGAGCCAGCUGCAAAACAGGGAUGUCCUCAACCCAGUCUACAUGGAGAGGAUCCUCCUGCUGAGACAGGGUCACAUUUGCCGCCUGCAGGACUUGGUGUCCCCAGUGUACUCCUACCUGUGGACUCGCCCUGCGGUGGGUCGAGCGCAGCUGGAUGCCAUCUCAGAGAAGGUGGAUGUGAUUGCCAAGCGUGUGCUGGGGCUUCUAGAAAGAUCUGGUGUGACCUUAACUCAGGAUGCGCUGAGUGGAGAACUAAAGAAGCUUUCAGAAGGUCUGGAAGGCACCAAGCACAGUAAUGUGAUGAAACUCCUCCGGGUGGCCCUCAGUGGACAGCAGCAAGGACCUCCCAUAGCUGAGAUGAUGGUGUCUUUGGGACCAAAAGAAGUGCGGGAACGAAUCCAGGAGGCGCUUUCCAGCUAGGGAGAGGAUGUGUCUGGCAGUGGAGAUUGCCCUAAGAACCUGUGACCUUAGAAACAGCCUUCAGAGACCAAAAGGAGACCUGGGGCCCAUCAGGAAGUUCGCCAAAGGAACUGAGAGUGAAAACAAUCUAUGACUGCAUACAAGUGCAUUUAUGACUCCACCACAGGCCGGUCCUUGCCAGUUGGCUGGGGAAGCCCAACCCAUCUCCUCCUUGACUCUGGAAAGGCAUUCUCCAUGACUCGUUUUUCACACAUUACACAGAGGAGGUUAGGAGUUAGUUCACGGAAAAGCUAACAUCCCGGAACAGUGCAGAAGGCUUGGGUUUCAGUUUGCUAGGGCCACCAUAACAAAAUACCACAGAACCAGUUGGUUUAAACAACAGAGAUUUAUUUUCUCACAUUUCUGGAGGCUAGAAAUUCAAGAUCAAGGUGUCAGCAGGCCUGGUUUUUCCCGAGGCCUCUCUUGGCUUGCAGACAGCUGUCUUCUUACUGUGUCCCUAUGCGGUCUUCCCUCCAUGCACGCACAUGUCUGGUUUCAUUAUGUGCCCAACGUUCCUCUUCUAGGAGCACCAGUCAGACUGGAUUAGGGCCCACUCCACCCUGCCAGCCUCAUUUUAACUUAAUCUCCUCAUUAAAUGCUCAGUUUCCAAGUGCAGUCUCAUUCUGAGGUGCUGGGGGUUUCUCAUUGUAAGAAUUUAGGGGGACAAAAUUCAGCCCGUAGCAGCUGGGCAGCAGGACUCAUGGGUCCCAGUUCUCAGGCCCCAAGGACCAGAACAGUGAAGGAUAUGUGACACAAGCAGGGCUGAACUGGACACCAGGCUUUCUUUGGGGUUGUAAAGGGAGAAGUGACCUCCACUGCCAAGGGUAAGUGCUCUUGUCUUAUGCUACCCUUUAUUCUUGAACCUUGGGGCAGCCUGUGUCUCCCUUCCCUAAAUGUCAUCUGUUCCUGUUUUCUAGUCCUCCAGACCUGGUCCUUGGACUGGAGACCUCCACCCUGCCUAUUUAUUUUGUGGCUUUCGCUUCAAAUCCAUCUCUUCCUUCCUCCAUGACUUGUAAGUCAUCAUCUCUGCUGGUUUCUGAAAUGAGAUAACGCUUCUUGGGAUCUUCAGUGAAGAGGAAUAGCAAAAGUGGCAGCAAGAUGGUGGCAGGGUACACAAACGCCUACGAGGCUUCUAGGCUUCCCCUGCAUGGCAGCCAGCCUCUAAGAUGGCCCCCAACCAUCCCUUCUUUCUACUGUUCACACCCUUGUGUGGUUUCUUCUCACACUGAAUAGGCCUGACUUGUGUAACCAUUAUGCUAUUGAAGAAAUGAGAGUUUGACUUCUGAGGGUAAGUCGUAAAAUAAAUCAUGGCUUCUG